AUGGGAUCAGGUCAAUGGAUGAUAGAGAAAAGAUCUAGUUUAAAAAAUGAUUCAUUUAAGGAAUAUGAGACAGUGUCUGAAACUGGGUGCCUUUCAAUUAUUGUUCUUGGUGCUUCUGGUGAUCUAGCCAAGAAGAAGACUUUCCCUGCUCUCUACAAUCUUUAUCGCCGGGGGUUUCUGCACUCAAACGAAGUUCACAUUUUUGGAUAUGCAAGGACUAAGAUUUCAGAUGAUGAUCUUAGAAAUCGAAUCCGUGGAUAUCUUGACAAAAAUGCUUCGGUGCACUCUGAAGAUGUAACAAAGUUCUUGCAACUGAUCAAAUAUGUAAGUGGUUCUUAUGAUACUGAGGAUGGCUUUCAGCUAUUGGAUAAGGAAAUUUCAGAGCAUGAAGUGUCAAAAAAUAGUGCAGAAGGAUCAUCUCGAAGACUAUUUUAUCUUGCACUUCCCCCAUCAGUGUAUCCACCUGUCUGCAGAAUGAUCAGAAAGUGUUGCAUGAAUAAAUCUGAUCUUGGUGGAUGGACUAGAAUUGUCAUUGAGAAACCUUUUGGCAAAGAUUUGGAAUCUGCGGAAAAACUCAGUGCCCAGAUUGGAGAGUUGUUUGAGGAACCACAACUUUACCGUAUUGAUCACUACUUGGGGAAAGAAUUGGUGCAGAACUUGCUAGUACUCCGUUUUGCAAAUCGCUUCUUUUUACCACUUUGGAAUCGUGAUAACAUUGACAAUGUACAGAUUGUGUUCCGGGAAGAUUUUGGAACUGAAGGUCGUGGUGGAUAUUUUGAUGAAUACGGGAUUAUCCGUGAUAUUAUUCAAAAUCACUUAUUACAGAUUCUUUGUCUGGUUGCCAUGGAGAAGCCCGUUUCUCUCAAACCUGAACAUAUUCGGGAUGAGAAAGUGAAGGUUCUUCAAUCAGUACUUCCAAUCAAAGAUGAAGAGGUUGUUCUUGGACAGUAUCAAGGCUACAGGGAUGACCCAACAGUUCCUGAUCACUCAAAUACCCCAACAUUUGCAACAGUUGUCCUGAGAAUACAUAAUGAAAGAUGGGAAGGGGUUCCUUUCAUACUAAAGGCAGGGAAAGCAUUAAAUUCAAGGAAGGCGGAUAUACGUGUUCAAUUUAAGGAUGUUCCUGGUGAUAUAUUCAGAUGUCAAAAGCAAGGAAGAAAUGAGUUUGUAAUACGCCUGCAACCCUCGGAAGCCAUGUACAUGAAACUUACGGUCAAGCAGCCUGGACUAGAGAUGUCUACUGUUCAAAGUGAACUGGACUUGUCAUAUAUGCAACGUUAUCAAGGUGUUGCCAUCCCUGAGGCAUACGAACGUCUGAUUCUUGACACAAUUAGGGGCGAUCAGCAGCAUUUUGUUCGCAGAGAUGAGUUGAAGGCGGCAUGGGAGAUCUUCACACCCCUUCUGCAUAGGAUUGACGAUGGUGAGAUAAAGCCAGAGGAAUACCAACCAGGCAGCCGAGGUCCAGUCAAAGCGGAUGAGCUUUUGGCAAAAGCUGGUUAUGUUCAAACACAUGGCUAUAUCUGGAUUCCUCCCACAUUAUAG